GUCGAACAUAAAAAAAUGAAAAAAAAGGAUAUCCUAUCUUUGGAUCGAUUAUCAAAUCCAAACUAGAAUUUUGCAUUAUAGAUCUCAAAUGAGUGAUUCGUGCCCGAAUCACAAAGAAUUAGUUAUUGGGUUCGGAUCCGAGAAUUUUGGUUGAGCGGAUCCGGGUCCGGGUACAAAGAAAUUUAACCGAUCGGGUCCGGGUCCGGUCCGGGUUUGAAUAAAUUUUUAUCAUCGGGUCCGGGUCCGGAUCCGGGUCCAAAAAUCAUGGACCCGAUGGACUCUAACUGUGAGUCUAACAUUAUCGGUAGACGAGGUGAAUAUUGUGGAACGAUUCUAAGUGAAAGAUACUAUAGUGGUAACGAUUUCUUCUUCUAAUUUGAAACUCAGAAUAAAUGUGUUUUUUUCUUUAUUUUGUAGGCUGCUGUCAGCUGUGGACACAGGAAACUGAACAAAGUUGAAUGUCAGACGAUUUUAUAUACUUUCCUUGACGAAUUAAAGCUGCUAGAAUUAGCACAAGAUUAUGUUACUGCAUGUAUUCAUAGUAAAAUUCAUAAGCUAAAUGUGUAUUUAAUAGCAUCGUGUUCUGACAACCCUGCAGUCACGCUGCUGCAAAAUGGCAACGAGUCAAUACGUCUGCGAUCGAUGUGAAGUACGAGGUAGGUAUGCCUCUUCUGUUCCGUUUUCGAUAUAAAACCAAAUAGCUUUAUAUUCUAUAACGGAAGCAGGCUAAGGAAGCAGUAACAAUUGUUUAAUGGAAAAGAAUGAGCAAAUUCAAAUGAUCGAAGUGAUGAACAACGUGCGUGGUGAACAACAUUUGAAUUUAUCACAUGCAGAUAAAAUUGCACGAUAUAGAAGAUAUUAUGGCUUGUGUUUUUUAACAUCAGUAAAAUAUUUUGAUUUCGGCUAUACAUUUCUAUCAGAUACUCUACACAAUCUUUAUUACAGUUUACCGGUAGGACACUUUGGUUCUUAUUUCUUAUCCCUAUUCCUUGGAUCAAGAGUAAUUUAUUUAGGGAAAGUAAAAUUGAUGAAACAAUUGAUAAAACUUGUUGAUGAAAUUCGAAUUUAUAUAGCAACAAACAUGUUACACAAUCAGUGCAUUCACUAUUGCAUUUUCCCGAAACAGUGAACAAUUUUGGGCCUCCCUCAAAAACUACUCUACGUUAAAUCACGAGAAAAUAUUAGGUAUGCAGACGAAUGAUUUCAUUUACCAAAAAUACCUUGUUUUUACCGAUUAUUUCAGGUUUGCUUACAGCUACUAUUAAAUCAACAUCAACUGAGAAUCAAGAAUUAGUAUAUAAAUUACAAUUAAUAAAAAGUGCCACAGUUAUAGCAGACUUAAUCGAUGAUUCAUCACUGGUUUAUGGAUUUAUACAAGAAAAACGUUUACCAAAGAUAGAUGUAUCAUUAGAAAUGAGUACCUAA